CGGAAUAUGAUACUUAUCUGGCCCUGGUUCACACAAGAUUUUCGACCAAUACUUUCCCCAGCUGGGAGCGAGCUCAUCCUCUGCGGAUGCUGGCACACAAUGGCGAGAUUAAUACGCUCCUGGGCAAUGUCAACUAUAUGAAAGCCCGCGAAGGUUUGAUGAGUUCCGAACGCUUUGGUAAACGAGCCCUGGCCGAAUGGUAUCCCGUCGUGGACCCAAGCGACUCGGGAUCGGCCGAUUGUGCACUUGAAUUUCUCGUCCGCGCCGGAGGCAGAUCUCUACCGGAGGCCAUUAUGACUAUGAUUCCGGAAGCCUGGGAACAAGACCCGAUGAUGGACCAGGAGAAGAAAUAUUUCGAUAGAUGGGCUGGAUGCUCCAUGGAACCGUGGGACGGACCAGCUUUGAUGGCCUUCACAGACGGACGCUACAUCGGCGCUGUUCUUGACCGAAACGGAUUGCGUCCAUCGAGGUACUACGUUACAAAGGACAAUGUGGUGGUCAUGGCAUCGGAAGUAGGAGUCUGCGACGUCGAUCCUGCCGAUGUUAUACACAAAGGGAGAUUAGAACCUUCGCGGAUGCUUUUGAUAGACACGGCCAAUCGGGUCAUCAUCGGCGACGACGAGAUCAAGAUGAGUAUCGCCCGCAGUCGCCCACAUUUCGAUUGGCUGGGCCAGCUGGUCACUCUGGACGAUAUAAGGAAGACGUCGGCGGUAAUUUCCAGCCAAAACGGUCAACCGCCUUCCAUCGAACCACAACUCAAAUCGGCCGAAGAAAUCCGGAAGAUUCUGUCGCUGUUCAACUACACGCUCGAAUCUCUGUCUCUGCUACUCGUCCCCAUGUUUACAAACAAGAAGGAAGCGCUGCGAUCGAUGGGAUACCGAACGACUUCCAGCCUGCUCUACGAAUAUUUUAAGCAGCUUUUCGCUCAAGUUACUAAUCCGCCGAUCGAUCCUUUUCCCGAACGAAUUGUCAUGUCGUUGGCUUGUCCAAUCGGUCCCGAGGCCAAUAUCCUGGAGCCCAGCCAUCAGCAAUGCCGUCGCUUGUACCUGGAACAACCGAUUUUGUCGCCGGAUGAUUUGAAACUCAUCGUCAACUGCUCCGCCAAUGACUGGAAGUCUAAAAUUAUUGACAUCACGGUCGACGCCAACGUACCGCUGGUCUACACCACUCAGCUGGAUCGCAUCUGUGAGGAAGUGACGGAGGCUGUCGAAGCGGAUUUCCAGUUUAUUAUCCUCUCCGAUUCCGCUCAAUCCACCAUGAAAAGCUUGCGCCAAUGCACUUUGAGAGGCCAACUGGAAAUCAUUGCGUCGAGCCAGCCUGUUAGCAUUGAAGAUGUCGAACCGUCUUCCGAAAUUGUCAAGCGAUUCGUGACUGGUGCCAUGAGCUUUGGAUCCAUCUCCAAGGAGGCCCACGCGACUCUGGCGACAGCCAUGGACCGCAUAGGAGCCAAAUCCAAUACCGGAGAAGGAGGCGAAGAUCCUGAACGUUAUUUGAACGUGGAUCCUGCAAAUAGUCAGCGCUCGGCUAUCAAACAAGUUGCUAGUGGUCGAUUCGGAGUGACGGCUGCUUAUCUGGCCAAUGCGGACGAGUUGCAAAUUAAAAUGGCGCAAGGAGCCAUACCGGGCGAAGGUGGCGAAUUGCCCGGCUACAAAGUGACGGUCGACAUUGCUCAAACACGACACAGCGUGGCUGGAGUCGGCCUGAUAUCUCCGCCUCCUCAUCACGACAUUUACUCGAUCGAGGAUCUGGCCGAAUUGAUUUACGACCUGAAAUGCGCCAAUCCGUUGGCCCGCAUCUCGGUCAAACUGGUGUCCGUAGUCGGCGUGGGCGUCGUGGCCGUUGGAGUGGCCAAGGGCAAAGCGGAACACAUCACCAUUUCCGGUCACGACGGCGGAACGGGAGCCAGCAGCAGCUGGACCGGAAUAAAAAACGCUGGACUUCCCUAGGAGCUCGGCAUCGCCGAAACUCACCAAACUCUCGUCUUGAACGAUUGACGUUCAAGAGUCGUCCUUCAGGCGGAUGGACAAAUCUGGACGGCGUUUGACGUCAUCGUAGCCGCCGUGUUGGGAGCGGAUGAAUUCGGGUUCAGCACUGCCCCGCUGAUGGCAUUAGGUUGCACGAUGAUGCGGAAAUGUCAUUUGAACACGUGCUCGGUUGGAAUCGCGACUCAGGAUCCGGUCCUGCGUGAGAAAUUUAAAGGUCAGCCUGAACAAGCCAUCAAUUAUUUCUUCCUUUUGGCGAAAGAAGUCCGCAAAGAAAUGGCCAAGCUGGGACUCGUCAAAUUCCAGCAGCUGAUUGGACGCACCGAUUUUGUCCGUGUUCGUGACGCCCAGGAUCCCGCCAGUCCCAAAAAAUCCAAACUUUUGUACUUUGGCGCCGUUCUACGUAGCGCCCUCAGCAUGCGACCGGGCGUCAACAUCAUUGGCGGAUCCGUCGCCCAGGAGUUCGGUCUUGAGAAUCACCUGGAUCAAAAAUUAAUCAAAGAAUCCGAGAAAAUUAGUUUCGCCGUUAAUGUCGUCAAUUCCAAUCGAGCCGUGGGCACCAUCCUGAGUUACACUAUCGCCAAAAAGUAUGGCGAAGAAGGGCAACAAAAAUUACCACCAAACAAAAAUUAGUUAGCGUUCGCACUUUGGCGAAGUAGUGAAAAUCUUUCGUUUCGUGUAAUUGUUAAGCGUAGUCACCGUAAUUAUACAAAAGCCACUUUGCGACUGGAGUUAUUAUUGGUUU